GGAGGCUGCACUACUUUAGCAGCAAGUGUUUCCCUCUGCGCGCUCCUACUACACUUUACGCACGUGGAGAGCGUUACUGUCGCCGCUGCGGUUCCACGCGCUCUCCGCCAGUUUAUGACCGCGUUGAAACGGUUUGGUCUCGAGCCCAAUGCUGCCGGAGACGGCACGCUUCACGCGCUUUUGCAGCCCCUCGCGCGGAGGAAUCGUCCCACAGAGCCCGUGAACAGACCUGUUGAACAUGAGGUCGGCAUAACCGGGCUCCUGUCACCGUGCGCCCCCUCCUCUCUCUGUCUGCUCCCUCUCCCGCGCUCUCCAAGUUGAGUCAUUGUGCACAAGAAUGGUAGAUAAAGGCCCCUUGUUGACCUCUGCCAUUAUUUUUUACCUGUCCAUUGGGGCAGCGAUUUUUCAAGUCCUGGAGGAGCCCAACUGGAAGCGGGCGGCAAAGGAGUACAGUGACCGAAAGGAUAAAAUACUUGAGGAGUAUCCCUGUCUGACGAAAGAUGAUUUGGAGGAAAUUUUAAAGGUGGUGUCUGAUGCUGCAGGACAAGGAGUCACCAUAACUGGCAGCAAGACCUUCAACAACUGGAACUGGCCAAAUGCUGUCAUCUUUGCCGCCACUGUAAUCACGACAAUUGGUUAUGGGAACAUUGCCCCCAAAACGUCUGCAGGCCGUGUAUUUUGCAUCUUCUAUGGACUGUUCGGUGUGCCUUUAUGUCUCACCUGGAUCAGUGAACUGGGCAAGUUCUUCGGUGGCAGGGCCAAGCACCUGGGUCAGUACCUAACCAAGAAAGGGGUUUCACUGAGAAAGGCUCAGUUUACCUGCACAGCUAUUUUUCUCCUAUGGGGUGUACUGGUACAUUUAGUCCUCCCACCUUUGGUAUUUAUGUCCCAAGAAGGUUGGACCUAUAUUGAAGGCUUGUACUUCUCUUUUGUCACUUUGACCACAAUUGGUUUUGGAGACUUGGUAGCAGGUGUGGACCCAAAUGUAGAUUACCCGACUCUGUAUCGUUACUUUGUGGAAGUUUGGAUUUAUCUGGGCUUGGCAUGGCUGUCUCUGUUCUUCAACUGGAAAGUGCGAAUGGUAAUUGAGGCCCACAAGGCACUGAAAAAACGCCGCAAGCGCCGCAAACUGUCUCUUGAUGAGCUCCGGCACUACAAAGAGAAUCAUAAGGCAGCCCUUCGUUUGCCGCCCACUCCUAAUGAUGUCAACAUUUUCAGCUUCCUGUCCAAGAAGCAGGAGGGCUACAAUGACUUGAUUAAGCAGAUUGGCUCCAAAAGAGAGCGUGGAAGUAAUGGCAUCACCACCAUCAGUAAACCCAAAGAGAUGAGUCGCUCCAAGAGCUGUAAUGAUGCUCCCAUGUCAAAUGGCCACACCAUCCUCAGUCUAGACCGUUCACCGCGCCAAAAGAGACGCUAUAGUUUCAGUGACCGUGUCACUGUAGCGUUUUCGAAGUCCAAGAACUACCUCCUUGGCUCAGACAAUGGCUUGCUGCUAACAGAGGACCACAUAGAUGGUGAGCUAGAGGGUGACCCGGAGAAGAUGUAUGAAAACCAGCUUGACAAGGAAGUGGACAUAGAGAAUGGAGGAGGAACAGGAGGAGUGGGAGGUUGUGGAGCAGGCGGUCGAAGGACAUGGGACUCUAAAGACUACCAGCCCCUAACCUUCCAAAAUGCAAACAUCACAUUUAUUGAUGAAGAGAACCUGCUGAGCAACAACCUGGAGGAGGACGAUGAAGAUGAUGAUGAUGAUGCUAAAGCAAAGUUGUCCAUCACAACAUGUGAUGAAAAUGUUGAGUUGGAGACUGACUCAAAGGAGGAUCAGGGCUCUGAAUCAGAAGGGUCUGUGUUCACCAGUGACGGGUCUGAGCAGGGACAGUCCUAUGAGAAACUUGUGGAGGAAUAUGCGAAGGAAGACAAUACAGACUCUUGAAAAAACCUUGUUGACUUGUUUAAGUCACCACAUCCUCCUGAUAUUCUGUUGUAGAUAAGGUUGGUGUUGAUGUAUAGGAGGUCUAAUGUGACUGAUUUCAAAGGAUAGUUUUUGAUCAUUCAGAUGUGCCUUGUCACCCUCGGUGUGAUUUGGGGUCUGAUAAUAGAAGACUGUUUUCCAAAUUCAAAGUGGAAAAAUUUCAAAGGAGUGGUCUUCUUAACGGAACAAUAAAAAAGGCCCACAUCACUUGGACUAUUAUGUGUUCGGCCUCCUGUCAGACAUUGAACAAAUGAUUUUCUAUGUCAUGAUAUAUAUGGACUAUGGGCAGGACAUAACUGCACGAAUGAUGAUCUGGUCUAUUUAUUUCUUUUAUACUGUUUCAACAAAUGGAUGCCAAACAUUUGUUGGGGUAUGUCCAAACUAGACAGAUGAAUUUGCCAUAAAUGUUUGUUUUUUCCCUUUAAGAUUGAUAGAAAAAUAACAGGAAAUGGCAAUUUAUUUUGAUUGCCCCAAGUUGCAAUAGUCAUAUUCACCAUAUUGGUGAUUUUAUAAUAUUUAUUAAAAUGAAGGAUAUAGUAGCCUUUUAUUUAUUGGCUACAUGGCUUGCAUAUCUCUGUCAUUGCACAAUUCCACCAGCUGAUGAGGACUGUUUAAAGUCCAUUUCAAUGCAGAUUCUUUUAAAAUCUGAGCCACACACUUGUCCUUAAAGAAGAUGAAGGGGUUAGGGGCUAAUUAUCCCCCUUUUUUAUGGUGUUGUCCUUGGUUUGUUUGUUUGUUGUUUUCCCUGGUGAAAUCUUUGUUUACUUCUUGUGUCUGAGAUUGCUGUUUGUUUUGACUGCAACCUAAAGAAUGCUGUUUAUUUCAAAUGCACUAGAGGUCAUCAGUAGCGCAUGGGCAACAACUGGGAGUCCCAGAACCGAUCAGAGUGAAGUUGGAAAGUAAAAGCAUCAAGUGUUUUUUGGACCAGAGUUGCAUUCAGUAGCACUGCCAUUACAGAUCUCAGACAAAAUGUGAAUAUCCUGCCCAACUGGCACUCAAACUUGAGGUUAUCUCUGUUUUGCAUGUUUUUGGUCCCAAGCCAUUUUUACUGCUUUUAAAUCUACUUCGCAGAUGGUCCUAAGGAAUCCUUGUGACAUAGACGCCCCACUCAGAAUGGACUCGAACUGCUUUUGCAAACACAAACUUUACCACAGUGUUUUGCUACUGACAGCAAACCAAAUACCUCUGUGUUGUGGUUUUUGGGCCUUUGAGCACGGUAGCGCAUAAUGGGGUAGAAACCCCUCAUUCACAGCAGCAAUAUUCUCACUUUUUGUCUCUUCUUAGCACUCUUUAACUUCUUUGUAUUUGCCAUGUAAAUAUUGGCUGAAAGCCCAUCAGUAGCUACAAACACUGCUUUGCUCAGGACAUGGUCGUCCUACUUGUGUUUGCAUUUGGGGGCUUGUGCUGGCAUGAAUAACUGAACCACAAGUUAUCAUCGCCAGCCAAGGUUAACUUGUGACAGAUCAAUAAUCUCUUGACGUAUGUUGUAGUCAUGAGACAAAGUCAGGAGUAUCGGUGCUCUCAAUUGAUUGUUGUUUGCACAUGAACACAAAACUCCAGUAAUUACUUCAUUUGUAAAAUGGAGUGAACAAAAUAUCAAGUCCAUUACUUUUCACAGUCUUACCUUGAUAGUCUCCUUAUUAGUUCCCCUCUGCCGUUUGCACAUGUUAACUUGCACACACAAAAAAACUUGAAACAGUGUUACUCUGCAUAGUUAGGGGGCAGUGUUGUGCGGUGUCACGCAGCACUACUUUAUAACCAGUCUUUUCAUUUAGGGCAGGUUUUGGGAAUGUCACAGAGAGGUGAAUAAUAUAAAGUAAAUACAUUGGGGUUUUUGAGGUAAUGUGGACCAUUGCCACCACCUCGGACCACAUAAUCCUCUAACCUGUGGCCAAUAGAUGACGGGGCCUAAAAAUAGUCCCACUGCCAAGCUGAGGAUAUGAAGUUCAACAUCAAUCUUGCUUGGCAGUGACUCACUGAAAUGGUAAAAGCAUUCACACUGGGUGUUUUGUCUUAUUUUUCUUUUUCCAUCAUUGACAUGAUAGACAUUUUGUGUGUGAAACAUUCCUCCCUCCCCCUUUGCUCGUCUUCCUAGACCGCUGAGUGCAGCAUUGUUAUGCAGCCAUGGUACUUCUCUGGACUGUGAUUGAAUUUCAAGCUUGUUCCAACAUUAUCAACAAAGAACAAGUUAUGUUGGUUUGACCUAUUCUCAAGUUUUACUCCUAAUGUUGCUCCAUGUGUGUACAACUUGCUCCAGUAUAUUUUCUUUUUUAUGAUUAAAUUAUUCAUGUUUUAAGAUUUUGUAUAUGAAAUCCAAACAAAACUGUAUAUUUCAUUUAAAAUAAACAAUUUAAUAAAACCUGUGCAUUGUUUUGCUA